AUGGUGUUUCGUGGGAGAGAUAGUUCUCGGGCAAGAGGACGCAGUCGUCCUUUCCGUUUCAGGGGCCGUGGUGCUAGGCGACCUUAUGGCCGUGGGUCUAGUCGCGGUGGUCAUGACGGGAAACGCGAAGAAGGCCUACGGAUCACACUUCGAAAUGUUGAUGCCGCCUCAUAUAAUCGGCGUGACAAGUCAUGGUCAGACGAUCGCGAGUCGGAUAGGUUUGAAAAAUACGGUGAAGAUUAUGAUGAUUACGAUAACUAUGAUAAAGAGAAACGUGAUCGAAGGACACCGUCAAGAGAAUCAAGAAAUUCGCCACCUCGAAAACGACAACACAUUGAAUCAGAUCUUCUGGAAGAUGAGUCCCUGAGAAUUACAGUUGGUAAUGACCUGUACAAGAAAGAAGGUCGCUCCCCAUCAACAGAAAAGCAAGGGGAUAGACCACAGUAUGCAGAAGGAGAGGUAUGGGAAGGAAGAGGAAUCCUGAGGAGGGUUCAAGAGGAAGAGGUAGACCUUACUCUCAAAGAGGUUUUGAACGUGGUCGAGGGCGUGGAAGAGGUGGUGAUGGCAGUGGAUUCAGAGAUAGAAGAAAUUAUUCCACUUUUGAAAGACCCCAAACUCGAUCUGAAAGAUAUAGUCGAAUUACAGCAGGGAGAGGAGAAACUACAGUCAUGGGAGACGAGUUAUAGUCAUGGCCGACGAAGUAGUAGUAGGGAUUGGCGAAGCAGCAGUCGAGGGAGAAGUCAUGGUCGAACAAGGAGUCACAGCAGGGAAAGAAGUUACAGCGCUGGAAGUCGAUCCCCACGCAGGAGUAGCGUUGGAAGGUCUCGCAGCCUCCCACGAAGCUAUAGCCCAGGAAGAAGGACAUCGCGCAGCCACAGCAGAGGAAGGAGUGUGAGUUUACGGAGGAGUCAUAGCAGGAGUAGAGGCUACAGUCGCAGUCCUAGAAGCUAUAGCAGAAGCAGCAGCCAAAGUGGUGGGAGGGGACACUCACGUAGUCGAAGUGGAAGCAUUGUAAGAAGAUAUCAUCGAAGUCCAAUAAGACGGGGGUCUAGAGACAGUGCAACAGGUAGGCGAGACAGUGUUGAUCGCCGUAGCAUUGGUCGAAGCCGAAGCAGCAGCUCCUCAAGCAGCUCUGGCUCUAGCAAAGGCCGUGACAUUACAGGGGGCAUGUCAGAAAAAGAGUAUGAAGAAGAAAUGUUCCGCCGUUUAAAAUCAGAACUGACGUCCAACUACAGCAAUCCAAGUGAAAGAGAAGAGCGCAUUGCAAAGCACAUAAGGGAAAUGGCCAAAAUAUCUCCUGUGCUUUUCAGGAAUUUUAUGUCUAAAAAUGCUGGUAACCUUGCUGCACUAACAUUACCGCAAGAACAAGAGGAAGAGAAACCUGUAGAUGCUGACACAGGUGCAAAUGAGUCCCCUGUAUCAGAUCCAUCACAGGCCAAACCACUUCGCUCCAUUUUGAAAAGAAAAGAGGGCUCUUUGUCACCAUCAAGAACCAUGGAGACGGAACAUUUGGGAGAACAACCCAUGUCAAACAUAGAAAAAGUCAUCCACUCCCUACGCAAAGGAUCUGGAGCUUUGGAAAAAGAAGCUGCAUCCUCAGGACCACAUCAGACUGUUGCUUUGAAACAUCUUUCAUCCUACAUGGACAUUGAAGAUGAGGAGGAGUUUCUUUAUGGGGAAGAGAAAUUGAAGAAAGAAAAUCCAGGUCCAGCCAUGCCCUUUUGGUCAGCCCACAGGUUUGAAGAAGACGCAUCUAAAACUGAUCUCGACUUACUAGAGGAACAUCCUAGGGCUGAAUCAGAACAAGAAGCAUCAAAAACAUCGUCAAAAGCAUACGAAAGCAUCACCAGCAAAAAGCAGAAGAUGUGAAAAGACUCUCCGUGUUUGAUGACCUAGAAGACAAAGAAAAGAUUUAUGAACAGUGGCGAGCGACUGUGCUUCAGAAAGGAAAAAAGGAUGGUAAGGAUGACAAAAAGCAAGGCGCUGAAAGCAACGUUCAGGACCAGGCAGAAGCAUCGGAUCUCAGCUCCACAGUGAAAAACAUUCUGGAGUCCAUUGGCUUCAAUUUUGAUCUUUCUC